CCAAUCUCAGUAUUAACCGCAAGAUCGCCACGUGCGAACGCGAUAAUGUUUUUUGAAAGUUUUCUUUUAAAUCUAGCGGUCCUAGCCAUUUUGAUAGUGGCCCUAACAUUUGACUAUGUCACGAAGUUCUUCAGUUACUGGUACGUCAGAGAAAUCCCCUACAAAACGCCGGUACCCUUCUUCGGCACAGAUUACCAUAGAGUUUUGGGACUGAGAAACACAACAGAAGAAGUAAACACACUUUAUAAAGAAAACCCAAAGGAGAAAUACGUAGGAUGCAUCAAAAGUAGAAUACCAGAUUUGAUUAUCAAGGAUCCGGACGCAGUACAAAAGGUUAUGUCUACAGAUUUCUCGAAUUUCCAUUGCCGAGGCUACGGGCUGGACAGAUCUAGGGAUGUUUGUCUACGAAACAAUUUGUUUUAUGCGGAAGGGGAAAAAUGGACUCUAUUGAGAAGGAAAUUUGAGCUAUUACUGAGUACAAUGAAUGUUAAAAUUGAAGAUAGUUUACAUGAAUGUUUGUCAGGAACCAAUGGAGAUGCGAACGUUCAACAAUUAUUGUCUGGCAUAUUGGACGUUGUGUUUAAAGAUUUGCUUAUCGAUAAUAACUUGGAAAAUUCUUUUGUUAUAAAGGACGCUAGAGAAACGAUGCAAAGAAGAACAUUGUUUGACAAAAUAAAAAGCUAUAUUAAGGAUAUUUUUCCUUCUGUAUACGUAAUGUUGAGAUUGAACCUUUUGCCCGAACAAUAUUUUAGCAAAUACGUCCAAGUUAUAAAAGAGUCUAUACUGAUGAAAGAUAUUGAAAAGACGGAAUCAAUAUCCCAAGAGGAAAUAUACAAUGAUAAACCAUACAAAAAGGGAUCUGAUUUGGAGACGGCCUAUUCUUAUUUCGCUCUUUUCAUCGGAGAAGGUUACAUACCAUGCCAUUACGUUCUUACUGCGUUGUUGUACGAAUUAGCGAAAAAUCCUGAAAUACAACAAAAGGCGAGGAGUUGUGUACAAAAUUCGCAAGAAAAUGAUUACUUAGAUAUGACAUUAAAAGAAGCUUUGAGAUUGUAUCCAGCAUAUUCGGUCAUUACAAGGAAAUGUGUUAAAACUUAUACUUUCCCGGGGAAGAAAUUGCUUCUAGAUAAAGGAGUGACAAUCAAUGUACCUGUAGAAGCGAUUCAUAGAGAUGAAAAGUAUUACGAUAAGCCCGAGGAAUUCAAUCCUGAACGAUUUUUAAAAAGUGAUGAUAAUAAGUUACCAUAUUUGCCUUUUGGCAUUGGACCUAGAAAAUGUAUUGGUGAACAAUUAGCAACAAGUAUCGUUCGAAGUGUGACUGCAAAUAUUUUGAAGAAAUUUGAAAUUGGAAUUUGCGACUCAACUCCAGAAAACUUAAAACUGACCGAUCAUAACUUUUCAAGAGCCAUUGACAACGAUGUUUGGCUAAAAUUCCAACCUAUUUAUUAGAAAUUCGUUCGUCCGUUUCGUUAUCAACUCACUGUUGAGCUCGAGUCUACUCUCAGAAUGAGAAGGGCUAGUCCACCACGCUGGCCCAAUGCGGAUUGGCAGACUUCACACAUGCAGAUAAUUAAGAAAAUUCCUUUUCCUCACGAUGUUUUCCUUCACCGUUUGAGACACGUGAUAUUUAAUUUCUUAAAAUGCACACAACUGAAUAGUUGGAGGAUUUUUUUUUCUUAUUAGAAUUUAGAAUAUUAAAUUUUAUUAAUUAAAAUAGAUAAUAUUAAUUUAUUUUGUAUUAACUUAUUAAUUUGAUAUACAUAAUAGAUAACUAUAGUACCGAAGACAAAAAAGACAUGGGAUUUUAAUGUAGUGCCAUUUCAAUGGAUGGGUUUAAAUAAAAAUGAAUUUUAUCUACCAGUUUGUAUCACCUCAUGUAAAAUUACCAUUAUAAAUCUAAUUUUACCGUCUUGUGUACCUAUUAUAGAUAUAUUUAAUUGCUAAAUACAAUGGGUAAUAAUAUUUUUGUAAUUUUAU